GCUUGUAAAGCAGACAUCGAGAAAAAUAACAGAAAAGCAAGCCUUAAUUAACAGAUAACAACCUCGAGAUGUUUAAUUAUGUCAUUACGUAAUGCGUUUAAUUUUUUUUUUUUUUUUUUUUUUUUAAUCAUUAAUAUUAUUUCCGCCUGAGCGUGGUGAACUUCCGGAAAUGCGCGUUGCCAGUCAGCUGACAGAUGUUUGCCGCUCGGGUUUACGCGGUGUUCCGAGAUUUUCAAACCACCUGAGGGGGCAAAGAUAAAGUGAUUUCGCGGAGCAUUGUCUCUUUCGCUAGCACAAUGAGUGCCGGCACCCCAAAAUCUCUGCCCUCAUCGGGCCAGAAAUCUAUCCAGGACAUCUGCCACCCGUUAUCAGCCGAGGAGUCCGUCCUCACACCCAGCCCAGAUGCAGCAAACACCAGCAGCAGCAUCGGCCACAAGGACUUGAGUCUCCCAAAUGGUAAUGCAGUGGACACGUCUAGCCCGGCCUCUUCGUCCUCUCUGCUAAAUCGCCUGCAACUGGACGACGACCUGGAUGGAGAGACGCGGGAUCUUUUUGUGACCGUGGAUGAUCCGAAGAAACACGUGUCUGCCAUGGAGACCUACAUCACAUACAGAGUGUCUACUAAGACCACCAGAACAGAGUUUGACCUCCCUGAAUAUUCAGUGCGGCGGCGCUACCAGGACUUUGAUUGGCUGAGGAACAAGCUAGAGGACAGCCAACCAACCCACCUUAUUCCACCGCUACCUGAGAAAUUUGUGAUGAAAGGAGUGGUGGAUCGUUUUUCAGAGGAAUUUGUCGAGACGAGAAGAAAAGCUCUGGAUAAGUUCCUGAAACGGGUUGCCGAUCACCCUGUCCUUUCCUUCAACGAGCACUUCAAUGUUUUCCUGUCUGCCAAGGAUUUGAAUAAAAGGCAAGGCCUGGCUCUGCUGUCCAAGAUGGGUGAGUCUGUGAAGUAUGUGACUGGUGGCUACAAGUUGAGAGCGCGGCCGAUAGAGUUUGCCACAAUGGGCGACUAUCUGGACAUGUUCACACAGAAAUUAGGCACCAUCGACAGGAUAGCACAGAGGAUCAUCAAAGAGCAGUCGGAGUACCUGGUGGAGCUGAGAGAGUAUGGGCCGCUCUACUCCUCAUGGGCCUCCUCUGAGCAGGAGCUCCAGGAGCCGCUGGACGGCGUAGCAGGCUGUGUGGGUAACUGCUGCAGCGCUCUGGAGGAACUCACAGAGGACAUGAGUGAUGAAUUCCUGCCUGUCCUGCGAGAAUACGUUCUCUAUAUUGAAUCCAUGAAGAAUGUUUUGAAGAAGAGGGACCAAGUCCAGGCUGAGUACGAGGCCAAACUGGAGGCUGUAGCAUUCCGUGAGGAAAAGAGGACAACAGUGCCCACAGACGUGGAGAAGUGCCAGGACCGCGUGGAAUGCUUCAACGCCGACCUGAAGGCCGACUGGGAGCGCUGGCAGAACAACAAGCGGCAGGAUUUCAGACAGCUGCUGACCGGCAUGGCGGACAAAAACAUCCAGUACUAUGAAAAGUGCCUUGCAGCAUGGGAGUCCCUCAUUCCACUCUUACAGGACAAACAGGAAGCGAAAGCAGAGACGAACUGAGCGUGUGUAGGUGUCACCUGCUCUCGGGGUUGUGACCUGCUGAGAUCAGUAUGAAAUCAUGGCGACAUGUCCUCAUGUAUUUUGGCCAUUGGGGACCCAACAGUUUUGGGGAGCAAGAGGAUGGGCUACACAAAGACCAUACGAUAUUUUGUUGCAUUCGGAUUUGUAAAGUGUGUUUUUUUUUGUUUGUUUUUUUUCCCCUCCCUUUUCCUUUUUUUUUUUUCUUUUAUAUUUAUGAGAUCCCAUCCAAGCACCUCCUUCUCCCCUCUGGCCUGGAAGAACAUGCAAUUUUGUGUUCCACCGAAGCACAGUGAGACAACCCACAGAAUGACCUGGAAUUCUCCUCUGAACUAUUGCGGACAGAAAAAGAGAAGUACAGCAAGCUACACUUGCCAUUUGCCAAUGAUUUUCUAUAAAUUCUGCUUGCCCUCAGCAUGGUUCCCUUUUAUCGCUGCCUCACUGUUGUUGUCCUUGUGCUGCGCAUUGUGACCAUAAAGAGACAGGCCAAGGAUUGUCCACAUUCCUCUCACCAAAGUUUGAUGUGUUUUCGUUUGUUUGUUUCUUUGUGAUGUUUCAGGAACACUAUAGAUCUGAUGCUGUGAAAAGGCAAGAGAUCGUAUCCACUUUAUUAAAUUUCUGAUUUAUUUAGUUUUGGUUGUUGACUCUGAAUCAAGGUUGUCUUCUCAGCCCUACAAGACCUCAUUAAAUAUUUAUGUUCAAACGCUUUUCAUAAUCACUUCAGAUGGUUGAGCCUAGCUUCACACAGGUUGUUGUGUUUAAAUUAAAGGUCGCUUUCAAAUGAAAGCUGCUCAGAAUAUGAAAGGAAAUUCUGACCACUCGGGGAGCAAUGUCUUUUUAAUCAUAAUGUCAUUUUUCAGCAGGACAUGAAACAAUAGAUCUUAGAAUUUUUUUGUCUAUAAUCUAAGCAUUUAGGCAGUAUUAAUGUUAAUAAGUAGUCAUUAGGAAUUGCUCUGGCAUUUAAACACAUUGUAUUAAUAUUCUUUUCUAAGCAGGUGCUUGAAUGAGAUUGAGUUAUUGUUUAGAAGCCUGGAACUUUAAGAUAAUUUGGUGUAUUGUUAUUGUAGAUAAAACUGUUGUGGAGCAAAAACAGAAAAGAGAACUUGAUAAUACUUUACCUAGGGAUAGUGUUUAUAGGUCUACAUGAAUGACAUCUACAUAAGCACUUCAAGGCAACUAGCAUAAACUUGCAUAAAAAUGUAUAAACGCUCGUUUCCACUGGUGUUAAGUUGUUUUGAAUGUCUUGGUCAAUUAUUGAUUUAAAGGUACAUAAGCACUUCAUGACCGCUGGUAUAACCCUACUUUUUAUUAAGGCUUUUUCCAACAGGUGUAAAUUGCCAUAAGGGCUUAGUUCAAGUCAUGUGGUACUUUCCAUACUGACUAAUAUGACUCUGACAUACCAAAAGCACAAUGAGUUACUGUCAUGCCGUUCUAACCCUUCAUAGAUCAAUCUAAGAUGUUAUGACACUUUGAGGCCAGACGUAUGUGACUUUGACAUACCAGAAGUACACCAGUAUAUAGUACCGAAUAGAGUCGACUUUCAUGGCAUUCUAAUGCAAGUCAUAUCACAAUCUUAUGUCAAUUGGACAUCAAAAUGGACAAUCUUCUUGACAGCUGUUGCAUAAUGGAUUAAGCCUUUGAGUAUUUAUAUUCCUUUGUCAAGUCAUAACACUACUGUGUUAACUGGGACAUCAGAAUGGACAAAGUAAGACUAUGACUGACUUAAAGAUAUCAUAGGCAGACAUAUGUGACUUUGACAUACCAGGAGUACAUUAAAGUACAUAGUCAUGUGCCAUGGUAUUCUAAUGCAAGUCAUAACCUUAUAUCAAUUGGACAUCAAAGUGGACAAAGACUUUAGCUGUCUUUAUGACAGCUGUUGCAUAUCGGAUAUGCAAUUUAUAUAUCCAGCCUUUAUAAAUGUUUAUAUUGUUUUAUGUCAAGUCUUAACACUACCUUAUGUCAAUUUGGAUAUGAACUGGAUAUGGUCUUUUUGAAAGCUGUUGCAUGCUGGAUUAAGCCUUUAUACAUUUUGACAUAGGUUUAUGUUAGUUGCUAUGAUGGAUUUAUAUACACUUGUCAUGUAGCCUUAUAAACACAAGUAAAGUGUUACUCAAAAAUUAUACCUGCACUCCAUUUAAGUGUACUGUUUGUAAUGGAGAACCGGAUGUUCUCAGUGUCGGUCUCUGGAAACGUUUACCUUCACUAUGUACACACAGAUUCAUUAGUUAAAGUUUGAAAGCUAGAAAGUUUAUACACACUACACUUCACUGUUAUAAACUUUGAUACACCAGCAGUCUCAAUAUGGUGUAUUAAGGGUGACCGUGUACAUUCAUUUCUGCCCACCCAGCUACACACCACUGAGAAUCUAAUUAGCUGCAUGUGUUAUUCACAACUUAAGCUACAGGCCGUGCCAGUCAUGUCUCAGUACUCUAUUGGGUCUGGGGUUGUCUCUCUUGUAGCUGCUAACAGGCCUGCUGUUGUCCAAAACUAAUAAGGUAUUGCUGUUGUCAUAGAUUCUCACAGAUUCUUAUUCUAUUGUGUAUUUUUAAGGGAAAGCAAAUUCUGUGUUCAAAUCUGCAAUUGAGAUUACAACGUGUAAUGGAGAAAUGGAUCAGACUGCUGUAAUGUUAACUAUAAAAAAAUUAGCUGAUGUAUUUGUUUUAAGAAAUUGCACUCAUCUCAUUGGAACGUGGUUUAAAGACUUUAUAUCCCGUCAGUUUUUUUUCUUCUAUUGUUUCAUUCUGAGGAGUGCCUAUUAGGGGUCCUUUAAGGCGUUUAUUUGUAAAUCUUUAAGAUUUGCAGCGUCACGGGUGGGAUUGCAGGUUAACCAUUGAUGAUAAAAUAAAUACAAUGGUGAGAUAAAGUUAAUAACCGUGGUAUGAUCAAUAGAAAUGUGCAGCUCUGGUACCAUCUGCUAAAUGAUAAUCCUGUUGUUUACCACUUUGCUCUAUGGACAGCUCUUUAAGGAAAACUCCAUCCUGAAAUGCAUCGAAUAGGUUUAUAGUAAAAUAUUUGUGAUUCUGUUGCUAAUUUGAUGCUGUAGUCAUGAGAAGUUAGCAGUCAUGUGCUGCUCUUGACAUCACAUGGAGACACUGCUAGUGCAGUUACAAUGGCGCAAAAAAAAAUUCAACAAUCAAAAACACGAGCAAUAAUUGCCAGGUUUUGCUGUUUUAUCUCCUAGAACCAAAAGAGCAAGAGCUUCUUAGCUAACUCACCUUAAGUAGGGGUGGAGACAACAAAUGUUGGACAGAAUGGAAUGCAGCUACAUGAAGCAGUUCUGUUGAAUUAUGACUCGGCUAGUUGGCAAUCUACCAGAUGACAAGCAUAAUGGUGUUCACUUCAAUAUUAGGUGAAGUUUUGGAAGCUGAUCUAUUUGACCAGAGUGUACAGCUGAGGAGGUGAGCGAGCUAAACGGACUAAAUAACUAAAGCGCCACUACUUUGCACUCUUUAGGUAAAGAUGACAUGAGGGCUACAGUCCAUUGGCAGCAAUAUCAGCAGGUAAACAAACGGCAUUGUGGGUAAUGUAGGAAACAAAGUUAACAUAAACCAAAAUGUUGAUGAAUAAAGAUUAAACUAAAAAAGCCAACUCAGAAUUUCAUGAAAAAAAUCUUGUACUCUAUUGAGGAUUGCAAGUUAAUUAUAACGACUAAUAUGCAAGCUGCUCAAGGUGGAAUUUUCCUUUAAGAAUGGUUUGAUCAGUGGAUUUGAAAUCACUAUUGUAUGUGAAAAAUAACUGAGACAGACUGAGUGUGUGCGUGUUUUGCUGGCGCAAUAUAAAAAGACACUCCCAAGUUUUAAUUUCCACUCGUAACCAAAUCCUUCUGCUUUCUCUUAAUCUCUCUAAAAGUUCUGUGAAGCAUUUGUGUGAUAAUUAAGGCAGCUACCCUACACUGAGUUGUGUGUGACUUUGUGAAAAUGAAUUUAUUUGGUGAUUAAUACACUAGGCCUAUGUAAAUCGACCAACUGAAUUUCUUUUAUUACGAUGGAUGGACACGGGGGAUGUUUAUCAGUUUUCAUGAGCAACAACAUAAGCUUUCUUUAUUUUUUUUUCCUCUUGCUUGAGUCAGAAGGCAGUGUAUAUUAAUAGAGCCGUCGAUGAGGUGUGUUUGAUUGUAAAUAGCAUUUGUCAGUGUGAAUUGCCUUUUUUUUUGUAAUGUUAAAAUGAAUCUGCUUUGAAAAACUGGCUUGUGCUUAAGAGAGUCUGAAAGUCAGUGUGAGGUUGAGGGGGAGAAGUUAAAUAUGGCAGUGAAAUAUUUUGUAAUAUUAAUUUAAUUUAUAGACCAAAAAGGUUUUUAGCCCUCACUUCUCUGCUAAUUUUCCUUUGUGUAAAUUGUUUACUGUAACAUUAAUGUAAAUGUCAUUGUUUCAAAUGCAGGAAAAUUACAUUGAUGUUUUGAAACUAUAUCUUUAACAAACAUAUUUUAAAUAUUGGACCAAUUAAAAAGGAUUGUGUUAAUGCUU